ACAAGAGUUUUACGAGCUGACGCUGCUCGAUGACACGAAAUCCAUCCAGCAGAAGACGGCCGAGACGAUCCGGAUCGCGAACAAGUGGGAGGCAAGCGACGGGCCCAUCACCCCGACCUACGGCAACAACGACGCGCGCGUGCACGGGUCGCUGCCGCCCAUCACACACGCGCUGUCAGGCCUCUACGACAGCAGGGCGACGCCGCCCACCACCGUCGACCGGUUCGCGUACUCACAGAAGACGCGUUACGGAGCGGAGGACCAGCUGCCGCCCCCGCCGUCGCCCCCGCAGCUCAAGGAGCUGUCCUCUCUUGACGGCGUGCCGCGGCCCACCCCCACCGACCGCCUCCACAGCGGAGACGGCAUCGUUCUUCGUGACGCCGCCCUUCACCAGGUAAGUCGACGCUCUUCGACAUAGCGUAGUGGUGUGUGUUGGUGAGUAGAAACUUUAGA